CCUGACUUGACUUGACUUUGGCCUAUAGCCUACUUAUAUUGGAUCGCCUGGUCCUCUGCCAAUGCUACCGCGACAACAGCUUUCCGGGGGGCGUCCAUGUUUUCCUCCAACGACUGAGUGAAAUAAUAAAACGCUUGAAGUGUGGGCGUGGCGUCAGAUCCGAGAUCCGAGUCGGUUCGCAGAGAAUACUCGAACGCACCACCCCCCGCUUAUCAAUUAAAUCAGAUUGUCUGUGUGUGACAUGAUGUCACCACUAAGGUGCGCUUGUUUUUAGCACCUUUAAAGCUGCAACAUAUAGGAAGUGCCCAGGCUCUUCGUAGACGGGCUCUGGUAGUACUACUUCACUACUUCUGUACAACUUAAAUGAAGUACGAUGGUCUGGUAGGACCCGGCUCCUGUUCCCGGGGGCUUUGUUGGGAAUCGCUUUUGACCGUUGACUGUUCUACAUGACUUGAACGCAGCCUUGUUGUUUUACUCCGCACUGUUUGUCCCAACUCAACUUCCGUUGCAAAAUACGGAAGUAGGAAAUACUGAAGACUUAUUCAUUUUCUUUACAAUAUUGUCUGAUAUAUCUGAUACAUAUGAUUUAUAAUAUAUGAAUGAUAAAGCAUUGUAUUCAUUGAGUUAAAAGUAUGUUAAAAAAGGUUUUCCGCUCUGGUUUCCUUGUUAGGAGCGGGCAUACCGUCCUAACAUGGCUAAUAACUCUGGUUCUCUUUCUACAUGACACUGACCUGCGGAGGUUCGAGGAGCAGGGAGAGCUGAUGCAGCCGGUCGUGUUCUCGCUGCUCGUCCUGCUGUCUGUAAUGCUGUACUUCACCGUCUCUCUGAUGGACCCAGGGUUCAUCCUCACCGAAACUGUCCAGGGACCGCUUGGGGCCAGUGAGGACCAGGAGGCCAUGCUCCCCCAGGCCGCCACUCCCCGCCUGCGACGCUGCGGAUACUGCCUGCUGCAGCAGCCAAUGAGAGCGAGGCAUUGCAAGGCAUGUCAGAGGUGUGUGCGUAAGUUUGACCACCACUGCCCCUGGAUAGAGAACUGUGUCGGGGAGCAGAACCAUCGCUGGUUCCUCCUCUACCUGCUGGUCCAGCUGGGAGCUCUGACCUGGGCCUUCCACCUCGCUCUGUCAGGGCUGAGCUGGUCCCAGGUGGGGUGGGGUCCGUGGUUGAGGACUCACGGUGUGCUGCUGGGGUGCGUGGCCGUGACAGGGGUGUUCAGCAUGGUGGUGCUGGUUUUGUUGGGCUGCCACCUCUACCUGGCUUCCACCAACACCACCACCUGGGAGUUCAUGUCCCGCCCGCGCAUCGCCUACCUGAGGAGCUGGGGCGACGGGGAGGACAACCCCUUCGACCGUGGCCUCCUUUGCAACCUCUGGGACUUCUUCUGCGUCUGCCGCACCGUGGCCUGGGACCGGGUCUACCAGCGGGCCCACCGCGACCACAUAUGACGUAAUCUUCACUUACAGCACCGCCAUGGAGCUCAGCACGAACCACGCUCGGAAUCACCACAGGACAUGCUGGGCUGGACUUGUAUGCGUGGUGGGCUGUACCGAUGGCAAUGUGUUUUGGUCGUGGUCAGUGUUCUGUUGGAUUCAUCCAAGGAGCAGCCAUGGUGGCCACCAGAUUCAGUUAAGAUGAGCGGACUCUCUGUUCCAAUGGAGACCUUCAAACAAGCUCUACUUCUAAUGCUGCACGUAAUGUGAAUUCCUAAUAAUGUUUCAUCAUUAUUAGAAGUUUCCAGGGGGAGGGGCCUCACCCCUAACCCUACUAUCCCGCUAACACUACUAAUCCCUAAAUGUACCCCUAACCCUAACCCUUUUACUAAUGACCCUAACGCUACUAAACCCCAUACCAGUUUAAAUGUGUAGGCAUCAAAAACAAAUGUUGAUUGAUCAAUGUUGUUAUUCCGAUGUCUCCUCUCCAUAUCCCCAUAACUCAACCUGUGUCACUGUGACCAAUUUCAAAAACUGUAACACUUUUGUAACCUUUUAUUUAUACUGUUAUUUAGUCUGUUUAAUCAGGACACAUUAAAAUAUGAAUAAUACAUAUUUAUAUUUUAUUUAUAUAUUUAUUUAUUUGUAUUUAUAGGAGUUGACUGUACAAGAACUCUAGCAUUCAUCCUCUAUUUACACAGAAUAUUAUCAGCCUUUCUUCUCUGCAAGCUGUUGGUCCCUUGUUCAGGGGUACACUUUAAUCGACGCCCCCCGCCCCCCCAACAGGAAGUUAACACACCCUCUGUUAAAGUAUUAGGAAGUCGUUUUAAAUGCUGACAUCAUCUUAAUUUAGUCCUCAUAAAGAAAUAUUGGUUGCUGCUAUGGCUACUCUUCUAUGGCUUGUGUUUAUAUAAUACUAGUAGUUAUAUAAUACUAUAUCAUACUUUAUUUGGCCUACUUUAGCACAGCUCCAUGCAUCAAGAAUGAAUAAUACUGCAACAAAAACAAUGUUAGUGCAAAUAUUUGAGCUCCACUUGACACAUACAUAUUAUAUCCAUCCUAUAUUAUAUAUAUAAUCCAUAUCUUUAAAGAGGCUUGUGUUCAGAAAAGGGUUGUUCUGUUGGGUCAAGGCAGUGGACACGGUGUCACAGUGAUGCAUAGUAUCAUCAGAAAAUAAAACUGGUAAAUAAA